AUGAUUCGCAGAGUUGUCCUUAAGGACAGCAAAAAUCCGUUUAACUCUUUGCGGAUCUCCUUUACCUUAGACUCCAGCAAAAAGGACGAGUGCGCCUACAUGUUCUGCGCCUACAUUCUCGGUGCUGUUAAGUCGGAGUUUUUGGAAAUCUUUCUAAACGUGAAUAAAGCUAAAUCUGAUGACAUUUUGGAGGGGGUGGCCAAGAAGUACCCCUUAAGACGGGUGGGUGAGCCCAUGGAUGUGGCACAAGCCGUGUUGUAUUUGACGUGAGAUGAGGCGUCGUUUGUGACCGGAUCCAACUUCGUGGUCGACGGCGGCGCACAAUAU